AUGCACACCACAAAUUCAAAAAAUGAACAUUUGGAGAAGAGAUCUGAUCAGGUAAAAACUUUACUUCAGAUCCUCAACGAUCCUAAGAGUAGCACAUAUGACCAAGCUAAGGGAACCCUGUCAGAAACACAGGAAAUGGUACCACAGACGAAUAAACAGUCACAUAUUUCUUGUCCUCCACAAGGAAUAGUGAAUAAAAUAAUUACAAAUGGAGUUAUACUCUGUAUGCUGUGGUGUUUAACCUGGACAUUCUCAGGCUCUGAAGCUCUUCCUGGUGGAAAUUUAUUUGGACUAAUAAUUAUUUUUUGUAGUGCCUUUCUUGGGGGGAAAUUUUUGGAAAUCAUUAGAAUACCUUCAGUGCCUCCACUUCCACCCCUUCUUGGGAUGUUACUGGCUGGUUUUAUGAUCAGGAAUAUUCCAUUCAUUGGCAAACAUGUCCAAGUACAUAACACAUGGUCUGCAACUUUAAGAAACACUGCCCUUACCAUUAUCCUAAUACGAGCUGGGCUUGGACUUGAUCCACAGGCUUUACAACAUUUGAAAACUGUUUGUUUAAGAUUGUCUUUCGGUCCAUGCAUCUCAGAGGCAUGCGCAGCUGCUGUUUUUUCCCACUUCAUUAUGCAGUUUCCUUGGCAAUGGGGAUUUCUAUUAGGUUUUGUACUAGGUGCUGUCUCUCCUGCUGUUGUUGUUCCUUCCAUGCUGCUUUUGCAAGAAAAGGGAUAUGGCAUUGAGAAAGGCAUCCCAACCUUACUAAUAGCUGCUAGCAGUUUGGAUGACAUCGUGGCUAUCACUGGGUUCAACACGUUCUUGAGCAUAGUCUUCUCUUCAGGUGGUGUAAUUGAUAAUAUUCUGUCAUCUUUGUGGGACAUACUUGUUGGUGUGCUGGUAGGAACUGUUUUGGGAUGUUUUAUUCGAUAUUUUCCAAGUGCUGAUCAGGAAAAACUUUCAUUGAAGAGGGCAUUCCUUAUUUUGAGUAUGUGUAUUUCUGCUGUCUUAGGCAGUCAACGUAUUGGUUUACAUGGAUCUGGAGGAUUAUGCACACUAGUGUCAUCUUUCCUUGCAGGGACAAAAUGGUCCAAAGAUAAGAUUAAGGUCCAAAAUAUUGUUGCACAAACCUGGAAUGUUUUUCAACCUCUUCUUUUUGGUUUAGUUGGAUCAGAAGUAACUGUUUCAUCUCUUGAAUCAAAUACUAUUGGGCUGUGUGUUAUUACCUUGAGUUUGGCAGUGUGUGUUCGAAUUUUAAUGACAUUUGUAUUGAUGUGUUUUGCUGGUUUUACUUUUAAGGAGAAAAUAUUUAUUGCUUUAGCGUGGUUGCCCAAGGCAACAGUCCAGGCUGUUUUAGGUCCUCUGGCUCUAGAAACAGCAAGGCUCUCCAAUUUCAACUUGAUACCGUAUUCAAAGGAUGUGAUGACAGUAGCAUUUUUAGCCAUCUUGAUCACGGCUCCAAAUGGGGCUCUACUUAUUGGCAUUCUGGGGCCCAAAAUACUUACACGCCAUAAUGAUCCAGACAAAAUAAAACUGCAUUUGCCAAAUGAAGCCCAUCAUUAAAAAGCUUAUUUGCCAUUGCCCACCUGCUUGUUUUAAUGAAUUAUCUCACAUGAAAGAAAAAUAUUAAAGUACAAAUAUAUGGAGACUGUACAUAGAACCCAGGAUUUAGAAAAUAUGUGAUUUCUCUACAAGAGCUUUUCUCUGAUUUUUGCUUCUAAAGUAAAUUUAAUAAAAACAGUAUUAAAUGGAAUGUUCUCUUAGUAUUUACAUAUUUCAAAAACAAAGUUAAUCUGUA